GAUGGAAAGCUAUCAUUCUUCGAGUUCAUCCGCGGCUGCCAGAGCUUGGGUGUGAGCCAAGGCGCCCGGCGCCUGUUUGGCGCAUUAGACUUAGAUCGAUCUGGCUUCAUCUCGCUGGCGGAGAUAGAUCCACCACUGGCAGAGAUGAUGACGAGCCUGUCUGUCACGAUUUGGUCCGUCUUCGGCACAGUGGAGAAGGCAUGGGUGAAAUGCUUCAACACGAAAGGCAAGCUGAGGAUCUCGGAGCAGGACUUCAUUGCCGCCACGCGGGAGCUCGGCUUCCGUGGCAAUGCAUCUCACCUCUUUUCAGAGCUGGCUACAGAGAAGGCCAGCACCGGUAUCUCCCGCGGGGAGUUUGGCUUCCUCCACAUUUGGAUCGCCAAUGGACAGCCUGAUCGCAUCGGCAGUGAAGAGAAAGAGUCUCGUUGGGCAAAGCCAGUGGAGCAGUGGCUGCCGCCUGUGAGUGCGCCAGAGGAGAAAGACUGGCGAAGACAAUUCAAGGCGCUGCUGCUCAAAUCCUACCAGAACUACGUGCGCGCCUGGCGCCAAGGGCUGGAUCGUGACCGGAAUGGGCAACUGGACUACAACGAGUUCAAAAUGGCCGUGAAAGAUGUCGGCUUCGCUGGGAAUGCCCGUGAGCUGUGGCAUCAGCUGGAUGAGAAUGGCAACGGGGUGGUGAGCCUUUGGGAGCUGGACCUCGACACAGCCGCACUGCUCCACGACUUCCACGAAUGUGCUGAAGCCAGCUAUGGAUCCUGGGAGGCCACGUGGCACGAAGUCAUGGACCUCAGAGGCGACGACCGAGUGAAGAUGGCCGACUUCCGAUUCGGUUGCCAGGCGAUGGGUUACAAAGGCGACAUUAACCUCAUGUUCGACCUGCUCGAUGUGGACCGGACGAAGUUCUUAUCAUGGAACGAGACCGCCUGGAUCUCCGGCGCGGAGAUACCGACAGUCCCGCCGACACGCAUCGAUGUUGGCAUGAAGACGAUCUCGGGGAAUUUCACCAAGCUCACAAAGCAGCAGCAGAGGCGAGCAGAUGCUGUGUCGCGCGACUUCCGCGUGCGCACGAAGCGUUUCGAGGGCCGCGCACGUGGAGAGCUUCCUGACAGCAGCCCCACUGCCGGCACCAGCAUCUUCGCACCCGGCUUGAAGUUCAACGAGCAUCUUCCCAAAGCUCGGUCUACGGGCGCGUUGCCGACUUCCGCUUCCAUGGCCUCGACCGCGACUUCCUGGCGAAGUCAGAAGACCUCCGAGCCCGAUCUUCCAGACUGGUACCUGAUCUCCGAGGGUCGCCUACAGUCUCCACAGCCGAAGCCGAAGGUGGAUCUUUCUUUCCCGUUGGCGCCACAAUGCCCCGGCAAGGGCGGCUGGCCCUGCCGAAAGCUGCGUCUUGUCGACACCUUCUGGGGUGGAAGCAAGGACAUCGGCAAGCUUCUUACACCUCUGAGCCAGGGGGCGGUUCUGCCAGACGAUUUGGAACGCUGGCAGAAGAUGAGUCUCCCGGACUAA